AUGGCGGGCCCGCUGUGCCAGGGCUGGGGCCUGGGGGCGGCCCUGCGGAGCCGUGCUGCGCUCCGGCCGCUCGGGCUGCUGGCACCGCCGGCACGGGGAGCGCUGCCACAGCCGGCACGGGGAGCGCUGGGGCCGGCAGGGGGAACGGGAACGGCAGCAGGAUCGGGAGAGGCGGCGCUGGAGGAAAACCCCUUCUACGGGAAGUACCGGCACAAGAUCCAGGAGCUGCGGAGGUCCAGUCCAGAUGUGUUUGAAUCCCGUAUGGAAAAAAGAAGUGAAGUGAAAAGGCAGCCUGUGGGACAUUCCAAACAAGGAGAGUUUAUCAGAUGCAUGGAAGAAAAGGCAGAAGGCUUGGGCAGCAAGACAUCAAAGGGAGGAUUCACAAAGGAUAAGACACUUGAUUCGAUUCUUAAUGUUGAGAUGGUGAAAGAAAAAUCAGCAGAGGAGAUAACACAGAUUUGGAAUCAGUAUUUUUCUGCAAAAGACACAGUUUAUGCUGUUAUUCCUGCAGACAAGUUUGAUGUGAUGUGGAAGAGAGCCCAGAACUGUCCAUCGUUUCUGUAUGCUUUGCCAAGAAAAGAAGGCUAUGAGUUCUUUGUGGGGCAGUGGUCUGGAACAGAAUUACACUUCACUUCCCUGAUUAAUGUUCAGACCCAAGGUGAAGCUGCUCCGAGCCAGUUGGUCUUGUACCAUUAUCCUGAUCUGCAGGAGGAGAAAGGGAUAGUACUGAUGACAGCAGAAAUGGACUCCAAGUUCUUGGUGGUCCAUGAUGCCCAGUGCUUGGCCAACCAGGUGCAGCUGUUCUAUGGCACGGAUCGCUCCGACACCUACGGAUUAGUGGAGACCUUCAACCACAGAUCCAGUGAAUUUAAAUACAUGGCAGUUAUAGCAGAGCUUGAGCAAAGUGGGCUUGGAAAAGAACUGAGACCUGGGCAGGCUUCUGACAAGUCCUAGAGCCUGCCCUGUGGUGAAAGGAGCCAGCAGCAGGCAGGGGCUCCUAGGAGGGGUGGCCCAGUGUCUGCUGUUUUACAGCUUGGAUUUGGCCACAGAAAGAGUCUGCAGACAUCCUGGGAGAGUGACAGUCAAGCCUGUCUGGCACUGAGGCAAGAUGAGGACUUGGGUUAUUUGAACAACAGUAACUAAUUGCCAAAAAAUGAAGCCCAGUACUUCAGUGUAACUUCAUCAGAAAGCUACAUUCCCUGUCCUGUAACUUCUGCUGUCUGCUGGAUUGUGGAAAUCUGAAAUACAGUGACAGAAGUGGAACUGUGUAACGGGCUGUAACUGACAUCAGGAAAGAGAUGACAACCAAUAUUUCUUCUCAGCAUUUUAAGUGCCCUCCACCAUUAUAAUUGCAUGGUUCAGUGCUUUUUAAUCUGUGUGGAAUUCAUACAGGCUUGUGCAUCCAGAAGAAAGAAUAGGAGCAAUGGUCUAAGACAGACACCUCUUUGUUUCUUUGUGAGGUUUCUUACAGAGAUGUACAUUGUGGUCUGAAACUUUUCUCAGGAUUAAAAAUCCAGAGUCACUAGA